AUGGGGUAUCAGUCAGUGGGUGCGGAGCUUAUCGGUGCCACAGAAGGUCAGACCUCGUCUAGAGUAAUGGACAAGGAUUUUAACAAGAUACUGCUGAAGAUCCUUGAUGGGGUCUUCUACCGCUUCCCCUUACGCCUGGUCCAUGGGGUCCCCCUCAUGAAGCCCAUUGCUAGUAGUUGGGAGAGGAUUGAGAAUUUCCAGGCCCUUCCAGAUGACCUCCUAAUAUCGACGUAUCCCAAAGCAGGCACCACGUGGACACAGGAGAUAGUGGACUUAAUUGUGAACGAAGGAGAUGUGGAAAAAGCUAAACGUGCCCCGAUUCACGUCCGCUUCCCCUUCCUGGAGAUCUGCCCCCCUCCUCCCAUCCCAUCGGGGGUGGAUAUAUUGGAAGUGACACCUCCUCCGCGCAUGAUCAAAACCCACCUGCCGUACGAACUGGUCCCAAAAUCCUUCUGGGAUCAAAACUGCAAGGUGAUCUACAUCGCUCGGAAUGCCAAGGACAACGCCGUAUCCUACUAUCACUUCGACCGAAUGAACAAAACCCAGCCCGAUCCUGGCCUAUGGGAGACGUACGCAGAGAAAUUUCUGGAAGGAAACGUGGGCUGGGGCAACUGGUUUGACCAUGUCAUCGGCUGGUGGAAAGCUAAGGAGAAGCAUCAGAUCCUGUACUUGUUCUACGAGGAUAUGAAGGAGGACCCAAAACGUGAGAUCAGGAAAAUCAUGAGGUUCAUUGGAAGGGAUCUUCCGGAGGAUGUUCUGGAGAAGAUAGUUCAGCACACCUCGUUCCAGGCCAUGAAAGACAACCCUAUGGCCAACUACACCUCCCUGCCUGCUUCUCUGCUAGACCAUUCCUGCUCCCCUUUCAUGAGAAAAGGAGAAGUUGGCGAUUGGAUGAAUCACUUUACUGUAUCUCAGUCGGAGAAAUUUGAUGCUGAAUAUGAGAAGAAGAUGACAGGGACGAACCUUAAAUUCCGAUUCAGUAUUUAAAGCCUCUGUCCCACUGCUAGAGCAUUGAGGGCCAUUCCAUCAUUUAGGCCGACAACGCGCCCAAUGGCUGAGACGGACCUUGCAUGAUUCAGAUUGGUGUUUCUGGAAUAUGGCCUCUGUGAUCAUGGAGGUUUCCUAUCCCUUUCACCCAAAUAAACAUAAAGCGAUCUCUGAGAGACCUCUCGAUAAGAUGCAUCAAGUGACCCAAUGAAGCCAA